AAUGCCAUACCGACAAACAAACAUUACAUACUGUGUCAACCUUAUCUCAAAAGUGAUUUGUCCAAAACACAUCUUCACUUACAAAUUACAAUACCAACACCGUCCAAAAUGCCCACUUUGGCCAUUUAUAAACAUCAACUUUCUAUACUGAUAUAAUACUGCCUCAAUGCUGCAAUGAUUCUAAGCUUCCAAAAAUGAGUUCAAACACAUUUAACAAUAAGUUGUUGUUCAUUUUCAUGCUUGUGUUGCCUUGCUUGGUUGGUUUGAGUCAAGGUGAGUGUGAUUUCAAGGCAAUAUUCAACUUUGGUGAUUCAAAUUCAGAUACUGGUGGAUUUUAUGCAGCUUUUCCUGCUGAAUCUGGUCCUUAUGUAAUGACUUAUUUUAACAAACCAGCUGGGAGGGCUUCAGAUGGGAGACUUGUUAUUGAUUUUAUUGCACAAGCUAUAGGAAUUCCAUUUUUGAGUCCAUAUCUACAAUCAAUAGGAUCUGAUUAUAAACAUGGGGCCAACUAUGCUACAUUAGCAUCAACUGUGCUUCUUCCUAAUACUUCUUUGUUUGUAACUGGAAUCAGCCCUUUCUCCCUUGCUAUUCAAUUCAACCAAAUGAAGCAAUUCAUAACCAAAGUCAAAGAAGCUCAACAACAGGAAACCAAACUUCCUUCACCAGAUAUAUUUGGAAAAUCUCUAUAUACAUUCUAUAUUGGCCAAAAUGAUUUCACUUCCAACUUAGCCACCAUUGGCACAGGUGGAGUGCAAGAGUUUCUCCCUCAAGUUGUUUCACAAAUUGUUUCUACCAUUAAAGAGCUAUAUAAUCUUGGUGGGAGAACAUUUAUGGUGCUUAAUCUUGCACCAAUAGGGUGCUACCCUUCAUUCUUAGUAGAGCUUCCUCAUAAUAAUUCAGACCUUGAUGAAUUUGGAUGCAUGGUUUCUUACAAUAAUGCAGUAGUGGACUAUAACAAGAUGCUGAAAGAGUCAUUGAAAGAAGCCAGAGAAAGUCUCUCAGAUGCUUCUGUCAUUUAUGUGGAUACCUAUUCUGUUCUGUUGGAGCUUUUUCAGCAUCCUACUUCUCAUGGUAUUAAGUAUGGUACAAAAGCAUGUUGUGGAUAUGGAGGAGGUGACUACAAUUUCAAUCCUAAAGUUUACUGUGGCAAUACAAAGGAGAUAGAUGGGAAAACAGUGACAGCAACAGCAUGUAAUGACCCUUACAACUAUGUGAGUUGGGAUGGGAUUCAUGCCACAGAAGCUGCAAACAAGCUUAUAACUUUUGCUAUUCUUAAUGGAUCGUAUUCUGACCCUCCUUUUUCAUUUCAACAACAUUGUGAUAUUCAACCUAUAGGUUGAUCAAGGACUUGUAUUUAUUCUUAUCUUAGUUAAUCAUAUUAACAAGGAAAAAAUAAAAUCAAAAUGUUGAGAGUGGGAUUUGAACCCACGCCCUUUCGGACCAGAACCUUAAUCUGGCGCCUUAGACCAACUCGGCCAUCUCAACUUUUGAUGAAAUAAUAAAAUUACUUUACAUAUUUAAAACAAACAAAA